GAGAGGGGGAGAGAGAGGGAGAGCACGAGCGGAGAGAGGAGGACGGGUCAGAGCGUGCCAAAGCGCACAGAUCGACGAGAAUCAUGGAGAGACGAUGCCCGCACGGGAGGACUUGGCCAUCUAACGGACUGCGACUUUUAACGUCGCUCCUCAUCUUGUACGGACUUACCCCAGGCGUGAGCGGUAACCAGGUGAUUGUUCCUGAGAAAGUGAAUGCAGUGCUGGGGAAGAACAUCACGCUGGGCUGCAGAAUCGAGGUGGGCUCCAACCUCACACAGAGCUCCUGGGAACGGCGCCUGCCUUCCGGCACCAUCACCCUGGCGGUUUUCAACCCUAAGUUGGGAACCCACAUCCCUCCUGACUACGCCAAGCGCAUCUCCUUUGUUUCCCCUUCUGCACGAGAUGCCACCAUCACCAUCGAAGGGGCGGGCUUUGCGGACGUCGGGUCCUACACCUGCAAAGUGGUGACGUUUCCUCUGGGCAAUACGCAAGCAUCGACCCACGUUAAGGUGUUAGUGGAGCCGAAGGUCUACGUGUCGGCCGGCCCCGCGGCCCUGCUGGACGGUGGGAACGAGUCACUGGUGGCCACCUGCAUAGCGGAGCGCGGCCUCCCGGCCGCCGAGGUCUUCUGGGAGACGGAACUGUAUGGACGGAGUGAGAAGCAAAGUCAGAACGAGCCCAACGGCACCACCACCGUGCACGUGCACUACAUGUGGCAGCCGCAGAGCUACGCCCAGGGGAAGGUGCUCACCUGUGUGGUGCGGCAUCCGGCCCUGCAGACAGAGUUCCGCAUACCGUACAUGCUAAAUGUUCAGUUUGAACCAGUGGUGUCAAUAAUAGGAAUUGACAGUAAUUGGUAUGUGGGUCAAAAGAAUGUGAAGUUCAUCUGUGGAGCCAAAGCCAACCCACCUGCUCGUCACUUCACAUGGACCAGGUUGGAUGGAUUGAUGCCCGAAGGCGUUGCGAAAUCAAACAACAGCUUUUCAUUUACUCGCCCGCUGGAGCGCAACGACUCCGGAAUAUACCGCUGUGAGGUGAUCAACGACAUUGGGCUCCGCAGUCAAGACGUGAACCUCUGGGUACAAGAUCCUCCGCCCACCACGGCUGCCCCCAGCACCACCGGAUCCGUCCUCCAUCACACCACUGCAACAGGCACCGCUGUGGACCAGCGGAGAGCCCUGUUCACCUCCCCAACCCUGGCCUCCUUACACGACAGCAGCCUGGGUACCAUCGUGGGUGGGGUCGUCGGCGGAGUCUUAUUCCUGAUCCUCCUGCUGAUCCUCGGCGGAGCCUGCUUCAUGCGGCAGCGCAGGACCUUCAGAGGGGACUACUACACCAAGCAGUACCUGGGACCCUCUGACAUGCAGAAGGAGUCUCAGCUGGACGUGCUGCAGCCGCACGAGCUGCAGGAGGUCUACGGGGACAAGACGAGCAAAGGCAGCCAGGAGCUGAAACCCAAACUGGGCGGGGACAUCAUUUACCCCGACUACACUCCUGACCACAAGGACAGGGACGACUGGGCCGACAAGGGGGACGGCCACAGGGGCCUUAAGGAGGGAAACUUCUACCCGGAUCACUACAACAACCAAAACGUGCACCCAUGCGGGCCCCCUGUGCACGGCCCCCCCGUGAUCAACGGCUCCCCCUACCUCCCGGAGGACUGCUUUGACAAUGGCACAGACAGCGACUACGUGUCUCACAUGGACGGGUCGGUGAUCUCACGCAGGGAGUGGUAUGUUUGAGGAGCAGAGCGGGGGGGAAACAGACAAGUGAACUGCCUGAGAAUGAUUUAACAAGUGAGAUAGCAAUAUCAUUAAAGGAUGAGUAUAAUUUCUCCGCUUGGUUUCACAAAGAACUCUUUGAACAAUACUGCUCUGCCCUGAUUGUUACCACUUAACCUUAAGGACCAUGUUUGUGGAUUCUAUGACACUUUUGACGCCUUUCAAGGAGCUGCAAAAGAUCUGCAACCUCCGUGACGCUAUGUGUGCAGGAUUAAGAGGCUUUGGCAUCCAGUGAAGUUUCAACUGAUGUGACUGAGGUUUUGUAUUCUGCUUGUUUGUGUUUGCACCUGUCUUAAACACAGUUCAAAGGUCAGGUGUUCCGCUUCCUGUUAGGGAGGUAUUUAUAUGCCCGAGCUCCACUCCCAUAAAACUUUACAACGUGGCAUUUACAUAACUUUUUUUCCUUACUUGCAACGAUUUCAUUCUGUUAAAUUGUUUAUCAUGGCUGCGACCAGUAUUUAAAGUAGAUUGUAAUGCAUGCGUUUUCUUAAAGCAAAAUGUAUCUAGUUAAAGGGAAGGUUUGUCAUUCACAUGAUUAAAAGGGAGACUCAGACAGGCAUUGUUCUGAAGAACAUUACAAAGAAAAGUCCACGUCAACUGGAAAGUUAGGAAAGUUCUUGGGUUUCUUUCGCAAUCUUACAUCUUCUGUAAAUUAUUCCUGAAAUGUACACCUAACACAGAGAGAAAGUACUUUCCGCUUACUUUCAUCCAUUUCACAGAUAUUUCAGUCCUGGUUGAUUUGGUGACUCACAUGAUUAGUGUAGUAACAGCUGGUGUGGUUUAAUAUCGCCGCUACCAGUCUUUGAGCAGCUCCAAGAGGAGCAAGGAGGGAAUCUUAGAAAUAAACAUAUGGCCCGCUGUUGGAAAAAAAACAACCGUUAUACUUACUGUUAUCCGGUUUUGUUUGUGUUUUUCUUAAUUGUAUAAGCCCCUGCUAAUCAUGAAGAAUACUGUUUCCUGUGGGCAAAUCACAAUAAGAGACCCCCAUUCCCCUGCCUCUGUGCUGGAUUACAUGCAUGUAUUGAUUCCUCUUAACCCCUCUGUUUAGUAUUGGAAAGGCAAACCCUGCCGCUACUAACGACAUAAUUACUGCAGAAAUGACUUUUGGCUUUGGCUUAUUGAAAUGUGUUAAUUCAGUAACUUUCUUGCAGUAAAAGAAGCACAACUCGGUUAUUACAGUCGUCCAUGAACAUCAAAGGAAGCCGACCAGGCUUUAAGCCUCUCCACUUUUCCAUGAUAACAGGGUGUCGUCGUCCCCCCCGCCGCCUGUUUCGUCUGAUUUCCAUCUGCACACAAACACCAAUUGGUCAUUACAGUUUUUAUUUUAAACGUGGGAUCAAAGCAGUGGGUUAUAAAUUCCAGAUGCGAGAGUCACAGCUGUCAUCAUCUAACGUUAUGUGGCUCCAUAAAGCAUCAGCAGUUCCACUGCUCCCGCGCCACACUCCAGGGCCGCGAUUCGUGGUGCUAAAUAAGCAAAAUAAUGAAUGAAAGAGCACUAAGAAACAGAUUUUUCGGCUUUAUUAAGUACGUGUUUGAAGUAUGAUUUUAUACCACACAGCGCGGUUGUGUGCGGCUGAGAUCACUGCUGAUCACAGAUCAGGCUCUAACGUUGGGGUUUGGCUCCUCUGAGGAUACGCAGCGAUCAUGGAAACUAGAAACUUAAUCCACAAGUGAAAAUAAAAAAAAAAGGCUUAUAAGAACCAUCUAAUGUUAGAGCUGUCUAUGUAAUACCUCCCAACGGGAUGUUUCUUUUUUUCAUCUACUAACAACAGACCCAGUGACGGUCAGUUUAGACAAAAGAGUUGAGCUCAUUGAUGAUGUCAUCUCUGACGGCUUUGUCUGAUCGUAGAAUUUUCCACUUCUUUUUGCGUCUUUUCGGUUGUUUCCACUAGAGCGAAGCAUUGAUCAAAGUGACUUCAUGUGAAAGGGAAAACAAAACCGGUAUUUGGAAAGAUCCCUUGUGGGUCCAUUCUGUUGCUAGAUGACCGAAACCAAAUACUUGUAUUAUGGGUGGGGGCAUAUUCUUAGGUAUUUGUUCUUAUUGGGCUUUUAUAGAUUGUGGGCCUUUUUUCCAUGCCAGGGCUUUGGUCAAAAGGUUUAGAUGUCUCAGAAUAAACUACUUUAUUCUCUCCCUCGUCGUCGCACACACGCUCCCAUCCCCCACACAUCUGCGUCACAUCUGUGUCAUAUCUGCCACCGCAGUCCCUGUUCGAAAAGUAACUUAAGUUAACUUAACUCACUCUACAUUUGGCAACUAAGUUCCCAAAAUGUGUGAUUAUAUAGCACAUCCGUGUCGGCAUGCACAUUUUUUUUUUGUUUUUUUUUCAUGAAUGGCAGAUUGAUAGCUGUUAACUUGUUUCUUAUUUUGGUAAAGGUGCUCCAUGCCAACGGUUGUCUCUGCUCCAAAGAUGCUCUUCUUCCUUCAGCUUCUGUACAUCUCUGAAGAAAGUUUGACAAAAGCAAAGUAAGCUUAAGACAUGAAUGUUUUGUUAUUCUUCUGGAUCACUGACUCACAGGUUGCAUGUAAAUUAAGUUAUUCGCUGUCUACUUUGUUCAUUUAUCUCAUCACUAAUGCUUAUAUACAUGUACAUAAUGCUAAUAGGUUAGCAUAGCAGUUUGAUUUAUGUGCUCAUGUACAGUUUGUUCUGGACUCCCCUGCUGAAUAGUUGGUGCUUUAAACAGGCUGAGCAAUGCACAGGACAUCCAUUUCGUCAAAGAGGAGGACCAACUGGUCUGUUUCCAUGUCUUCCAUUUACAUAUUUAAGAUUUUCUGUUAUCAGAGUUGACAAAAGGUUGAUUGUCAUGCUUUAAAAGACAACUGUAACAAUUUAGUUACUGACUAAGAAGUAAAGUUUCACUGGGAAUUUAGACAAGCCAGUCUCAAAGAAAAUAUUAUUGUUGUGUAAAUAUGCUGGCUAUUUUUUAAAUUUUUUAUUGAAUUAGUUUUUUUGUUAGCAGCCUGUAAUUAGUUGGUCUCAUGUGCAUUUGAGAAGUGUCUCAUGAUACUGUAGUGGGUGAGUCUGUUUUCACUGCAUUUUAUAUUUGUUCUCAACAGUUUCUGACCAAUUAUUUUGUAUGUUUGCUUGAAUGAUUGAUGUCUCACAGGAAUCAGAGAUGAAGGUGCGGUAGAUUGUAUUUUGUUUCUUUGUUUGCAAUAAAAGACUAUUAUUGCACUCCCGGGA